AUGGGACAGACUAUCUCAACCCCUUUGGACUUGACUUUAGCUCACUGGACUGACAUUAAGAGCCGAGCUCAUAGUUUAUCUGUUGAAAUAAAGAAAGGAAAAUGGCAAACUCUAUGUGAGGGAGAAUGGACUAUGUUUAAUGUUGGAUGGCCCCAAGGAGGGACCUUUAACUCAGAUCUUAUUCAGGCUGUUAAACGGAUCAUCUUGCAGGAGCCCGGAGGCCACCCCGACCAGAUGCCUUACAUUUUUACUUGGCAGGAUCUUGUCCAAGACCUGCCUUCCUGGUUGAAGCCCUGGAUUCCACCCCUACCCACUAACAGUAGCCCCUCGGGGAGUUCAAAAGUUCUCGUUGCAGGACCGCCCCGGGAGGAAAACAAGAUUUACCCGGAAAUUCAGACGGAGCUCCUCCUGGAUUCACCACCACCCUACCCACCAACCCACAACCCCACAGCUCCUCCUCCUGCCCCAUCACCAGAAGGGGCACAGGGGGGCCCAGCCAUGGGGACCCGAAGUAGGUGAGUUCUGUCUCCUGAUACUACCGUUGCCCUACCACUCAGGGCUAUAGGACCCCCACCCCCUUUAGGACCAGGGGAUGACCCAACUCAGAGACCUCUGCCACCCCUACAAUAUUGGCCUUUCUCCUCUGCACACCUUAAUUGGAAGGCCAACCACCCUCCCUUCUCGGAGGACCCCUCAAAAUUAACUGCACUCAUGGAAUCCCUAGUUUUCUCCCAUCAGCCCACAUGGGACGAUUGCCAGCAGUUACUCCAGACCAUCUUCACGACCGAGGAGAGGGAACGUAUCCUGUUGGAAGCCAGAAAGAACAUCCCUGGUGAUGACAGGCGCCCAACCCAACUCCAGAACGUCAUAGAUUACGGGUUUCCCCUGAUCAGACCCAACUGGGACUUCAACACCCCUGAUGGUAGGGUGCAUCUCCGAAUCUAUCGCCAGGCUCUGGUGGCUGGUCUCUGCGGGGCUGCAAGAUGCCCUACCAAUUUGGCCAAGGUAAGGGAAGUCAUUCAGGGACCUAAUGAGGUCCCCUCUGUGUUCCUUGAGCGCCUCAUGGAGGCCUAUCGUAGGUAUAAGCCCUUUGAUCCUAUGGCAGAGGAACAAAGAGUUUCAGUGCUGAUGUAUUUUGUAGAUCAGUCAGCACCAGAUAUCAGAAGGAAAUUACAAAGACUAGAUGGGUUAAGCCAUUAUACUCUGUCAGACUUAGUUAAGGAAGCAGAAAAGGUUUAUAAUAAAAGAGAAACUGAAGAGGAAAAAGAAGAGAGAAGGGCAAAAGAACAGGAAGAAAGGGACCAUAAACGUGAUAAGAGGCAUGAGAAAAACAUGACUAGAAUUCUGGCCGCCGUAAUCCAGAAUAAAAGAGACGCAGACAGACCUAGGGAUACUAGGCAGAAGCAAAACCUGGGCAACAGGCGCCAAUUAGAAAAGGACCAAUGUGCCUAUUGCAAAGAGAUGGGACACUGGAUUAAGGACUGCCCCAAAAAGAAACCAAAAGAGGUUCUGACCCUAGAAGAUGAUGAAUGAGGGGGACGGGGCUCGGAUCCCCUUCCCGAGCCUAGGGUAACCUUGAAGGUGGAGGGGAAACCCAUUCAAUUCCUAGUGGACACUUGUGCCCAACACUCGGUCCUACUGAAACCAGAAGGACCCCUUUAUAACAAGAAAUCAUGGGUGCUCGGGGCUACUGAAAAUCAACAAUUUUCAUGGACUACCCGAAGAACGGUGGACCUAGGCUUGGGCCGGGUAUCCCACUCGUUCCUCGUGAUUCCAGGCUGCCCUGCUCCCUUAUUGGGACGGGACUUAUUAACAAAAAUAGGAGCUCAAAUUACCUUCACAAAGAAGGGCCCCCAAGUGACGGACCAACAUGAGGAAAUUAUCCAUGUUUUAACUAUGAAAUUAGAAGAUGAACAUAGGCUAUUUGAAAGGCCUCAGACCAAUGCAGACAUUGAGAAAUGGCUCACCAAAGUCCCGGGAGCAUGGGCUGAAACUGCCGGGAUGGGAUUGGCCUCCCAUCAACCACCAAUAAUUGUUAAUCUAAAGGCUUCCACAACACCUGUCUCACUGGAACCCAAACUGAAUGUGAACAGGGGACAAAGGCACUAUUGGAGAAACUGGCCUGCCUGGGUUACCGCGCCUCGGCGAAGAAGGUCCAACUCUGCAAAAGAAAGGCAUUGCAAAAGGGGUACUGACUCAGAAACUAGGGCCCUGGAGAAAGCCAUUGGCCUCUUUAUCAAAAAUUUGGAUCCUGCGGCCGCUGGGUGGCCCCCUUGCCUCAAGAUUAUUGCCGCCGUGGCUUUACUUUUAAAGGAUGCUGAUAAAUUAACUCUGGGGCAGACUGUCACAGUCAUUGCAUCCCAUGCACUGGACAGUGUCAUCCGUCAGCCUCCAGACCGAUGGCUCUCAAAUGCCCGAAUCACCCACUACCAGAGUCUCCUCCUUAACUCGGACAGAGUCAAGUUUGCACCCCCCACUCAACUAAAUCGGGCUACCCUCUGGCCAGAUCCCGACUCCACAGUAAUUCACAGCUGUGGGGACAUCUUGGCUGAGGUUACCGGAACGAGAACUGAUCUGACGGACCAGCCACUACCGGAUGCCAAGGUAACCUGGUUCACUGAUGGCAGUAGCUACCUCCUUGAAGGUAAGCGGAUGGCGGGGGCGGCAAUUGUUGACAGAGACAGGGUGAUCUGGGCUAACAAACUGCCUGAAGGGACUUCAGCCCAGAAGGCCGAAUUAAUUGCACUAACCCAAGCCUUAAAUAUGGCAGAAGGGAAAAAGGCUACCAUAUAUACAGACAGCCAGUAUGCUUUUGCAACUGCACAUGUGCAUGGUGCCACCUACCCGCAGAGAGGAUUAUUAACCUCUGCAGGAAAAGAAAUCAAAAACAAACAAAUUUUAGAUUUACUCAAUGCCCUGCAUCGGCCUGCCAAGCUGGCUAUAGUCCAAUGUCCUGGGCACCAAAAAGGAAACUCUCUAGUGGCAAGAUGA